AAUUGAUCACAUGAAAUAUUUUAGAUUGCCAAGCAAGAACUUCAAGCUAGAGAUGCAAAAAAAAAUCUAGAGCAAGUUAGAGAUAAUCUUCUUGAAGAAAAAGUUCAACAGGAGGCAAUUGUUAAGGACCGAGAAACAAAAUUAGAAACUUUGCAAGCAGAAGUUAAUAGAAUGCAAACACAGUUUGCGCAGCAUAAACAAGAACUCCAACAAAAAUUAGAUGUUUCAGAAGCUGAGUUGCAGGCAGCCCAUGAAUUAAAAAAUGAAUUAGAUGUACAACAUAGUGUCUUAGAGGAGUUACAGCAAAACCUACAAGAAUCUGAAGAUAAAUGCAAGAUACUGGAAAAGCAAGUACAAGAUAUGCCAGCCAUAAUGUCUGAAAAAACAGAGCUUCAAAAUAAGGAGAAAGAAUUAAAAAAGAUUAUUGAAGAAAAGACAAAAAUAAUUACUGAUAUUGAAAGCAAAAAUCUAGAACUGAAACGUGUUCUUACUGCAAAUCAGGAUUUACUUCAUCAGAAAGAAAACGAAUGUGAAGCAUAUAAGGCUGAAACAAUAAAAACAGAUCAGCAAUCUAUUGAGAGUUUGAAGCUAUCACAAGUAGAAUCUGAAAACUUAUCUUUAAAAAGUAAAAUAAUUGAAUUAGAGGCCUUAUUACAGAAAAAAACUGCAGUUACAGAUAAUUCAAAAGAUAUAACUGAAGAUCAAGAAAAAGAAUCCUUAUAUAGUCAGAUUGACUUUUUGAAUUCUAUAAUUGUGGAUAUGAGGCAAAAGAAUGAAGAUUUAGCAAAAGAGCUUGAAUUACAGAAGACUUGUUGGGAUGAGAAUGAUUUCAAUUUCAAUGAAACCAAGAAAUUACCUCCAAGAUUGUUUUGUGAUAUCUGUGAUAUGUUCGAUAUCCAUGAUACUGAUGACUGCCCAAAGCAAGAGUCUUUCAUUGAAGAAGCUGUUCCACAGUUAAGGCCUGCAGGAAGUCGAAAAUUGGAAGAACGUCCAUAUUGUAAUAAUUGUGAAAUGUUUGGGCACUGGACAUUAAAUUGUGAAGAACCUGAUACAUUUUAAUCUAAAAAUCACUAAUAUGGUUGCUAAAUUAUUAUGAAAUGCAACAACACUAUGCUACUUUUAGAUCAUUAUAUAGCUGCAUCUGUUUUAUAAUUGCUAUGAAUUUUCAACAAUCUUUAAACUAUUUAUAUUUUUUUGAUUUCAUUAAUCUGAUAUGCUUGUUGAAAAUUUUUUAAUGACUUGGUUGAUGUCCUCAUCUUCUAAUUAAUUUGUGUAAUAUCUUUUUUUGCAUUUUAUUAAUUCAAGUAGCAUGAUAUUUAU